GGCGGCGUGGCACGGCGGCCUCCGUCCGAACGGCGCUGCGUGCUACGCUCGGCGCGAACCCUGGGCGGCCAUCUCGUACUCGUACUGCUCGCCGUCCUUCCCUUGCCGCUGGCCAUCUUCGGCAGGCGCCGUCCAGACUCGGGCAUGACGGCGAGCACCGUCGAGGCCGCGUCUGCCGUCAUACCGCCGCGGCGUUCGUCCCGUGGCGAUGCCGCGCUGGACCUGGCACAGCUGCCGGAGCGCUGGCAGCACCUGCAUCUCUCCGGCACGAAGCUGGCGGGCAGCGUGCGCAUGCCGUCGUCAGAUGCCACUCCACAGCAGCGCGAGAAGAGCUUCCUCAAGCUGUGCGACCGCCAGCGCGCCGUGCAGCUCCCCAGCGAUCUGUCCGCCACGCUGCGGCAGUGCGCCGGAUGGUGGCUCGUCGCGGCUCUGGCGCUCCUCGGCGGCACGAUCAUCGAGUUUCUAGCAUUCUCGCCCAUCCUCUCAAUUGCCUAUCUGGCGAUCGCCUCUGCCACUCUUCCGCUCUGCGCCAGCCGCGUGGCCCACACAUUCCCGCGCUCCAGUCCCGAGGAGCGCAUCGCCUCGCGACUGCUCGCCACGGUGCCCGUUCGUUAUCUGGGCUCUGUCGAGCCGCCAGCGACCGAGGACAGGCUCACGCAGCGGCCCCAUCGCUCCUCGCUGCCGCGCAGCUCCACGUCGCCGGCGCCAGGCUCCAUCUCCGGUACCCAGACGAGCGGCAGCCAUCUCGAUCUUCGCAAGACCUCGGGCUUCGCUCAGCGAGCCGGUCGACUGCUGCACCACAUGUCCGGCGGCUCGCUGCGCAGCCAGAUCGUGCGCGCCACGGCAGCUGCGGCAGGGCCCGGCGGUGCGCAGCACGACUCCGCCUCUGCCCGCUCCACUACGCCGCCAGUGGUAGUCAUACAGGCGCAGCCGCAGUCAUACACGCUCGCGCCGCCGAAAGGCAACAGGCGCAUCUCUCCCAUGUCGCGCUCGUCGAAGACGCGCUCUGGCGGCUCGGGCGGCACAGACUCGAGCGGCGUCGUCGAUCCCGAGCUUGGCCCCGGCAGACCGUCGAGUCUGUCUGUCGCCGUGGCGGCUGCUGGUGGCCGCUCGCCUGACUGGCUCGAUCCUGCGCCACCGCCGCUGCCAACAUCGCCGCCGCGCGAGCGCAUGGCUGCGGGCCUUCUGUGGAGCGUGCCAGCGCGCAACAGGAAGACUAGUCAGUCGCCGCGGGGCUCACAAGACUCGGCGCUGCUGCAUCCAGCCGAAUCAAGGUCUCCAGAGCGUCCGCGUGCCGGCUCCUUCCCGUUCCGCGGGGCGGCUGCAAGUUCGGCGACAAAUCCGCUGCUCACGCCGCCGAUCGAGGUGUCUGAGCGAGGCUCUAUUCUCACGCGACGGCGGCAAGUGUCCGACACGCGCACUGAGGCCUCGGCGCCUUCGACGGACCCGGCCUCUACCACGCUCAGCCACCGCAGCGUCGACUCGCUGAGGCGCGCAGUCGACGACGUGGCGUCCACGCCGCAGCGGCGAGCACUCGAAGCGCCCGACAGUCGGCAGUCAAGCAUCAUGGAAGAGCUCAUAGAUAUCGCGCCGGCGGGUCGAGCCAGCGGCACUGAGGAGCUGAGCGACACUGGGCCAUCCGGCAGCUACGAGAGCGCGGCAAUGGAGACUCGCUCGAUGGAACACACAGUGGAUCCUGGCUCGCAAGCCGACGACGAGGGCGAUGAGACGGACCCGGCGGCGCUGGAAGUGCUGCGCCAGGCCAAGGCUGGCGAGUCGAUCGAUUUGAGCCACUCGGUCGACGUCGAUGCGCGGCCCAAGUGGGCCAUCGAGCGCGAGAAAGAUCGAGCGCAAGAACAAGCAGUGGAAGCCGCUCGAAGAGGUCGACGAGGACGAGCUCAAGACGGUGCUCGACGAGCGAGGCUUCCCGCGUACGGUCAAGGGACGGCGGGCGCCGAGCCGCGAGGAGCGCUUCGCGCAGAAGCUUCAGGAGCGCGACCGUCAGCGUGCGAAGCGCUCGCGCCUCGACAAGCUGCACGACGGCGACCAUCCUCGUCAGAACCCGUUCCUGCCGCCCAAAGCGCUGACCGGCGCGCUGGACAGCUCGGCGGGCGACAUGUCCCACUCAGGCUCGGACCCGCGCACAUCGGACACGGGCGUGAGCGUGCUUGGCACCGGCAUCGGUGAGCGCGGCGGCGUCAGGGGCCCAAGCUUCGACGCCGAAUCGAUGGCUCGCAAGGCUGCGCGCAUCGCGGCCGACGCGGCCAGCCACAAGACGGGCUCGACGAAGGACUCGAGCCUCAGCGGCGGAAGCCAGGGCACCUUUGGCGAGAGAGCCAAGUAGAGAAGAGGGCAGCGAGUGCGGUAUACAUGCGCGGCCGACGCGGCCAGCCACAAGACGGGCUCGACGAAGGACUCGAGCCUCAGCGGCGGAAGCCAGGGCACCUUUGGCGAGAGAGCCAAGUAGAGAAGAGGGCAGCGAGUGCGGUAUACAUGCAAUGACAUUCGUCCCUCAUGAGUCGUACUUGAUCUCUAGCAACACUGCCUGGGAGAGGACCCGCGCCUCACAGCCCAUCUCCACGA